AUGCCGAUUCUUGGAGGCCUCCUCAAGAAGCGGCGGACGAAGGACUCUCGAGCAUCGAGAGACUUCAGAUCGGUUCCCUCCUCUGCUGCCGAAUCGCUUGCCUCCAUUCCCUCCGCGGCCUCCCAGGCGUCGUCGUCGCCCCAGCGCUGCCGCACUUCGGCCUCCCUCUCGACGUCCACCUCGACUGCCCCUCCCGACCGACGCGUGGGCUCCGGCGCUUCGCGACCCAGUAGCACCAUCGCCGCUUCAAGCCCAGACGAUAUCCGUGCGGGUGCUGCGGACGAAAGCGCCCUGCCGUCACAAAUGAACCCGCACCACGUCCACCAGCCUCCUCUCCCCGCGGGGUCCCCGCACUCGCCCUCCCCACAGCACCAUGACAACGUCGCCAGCAUCAAGAACAUCAUAAACCCGCCCCAGCAGGAUGACGUGCCCUCGCAGGAUGCCCACUAUGCCUCCCAGCAGCCCACUCGCACUGUCCAGCGUCAAUUGAAAGGCAAAUACUCUUUAAACGACUUCACUCUGCGGCGCACGCUGGGGACGGGUAGUUUCGGCAGGGUGCACCUGGUGCAGUCAGUACAUAACCAGCGCUUCUACGCCAUCAAGGUGUUGAAGAAGCAGCAGGUGGUGAAGAUGAAGCAGGUGGAACACACCAAUGAUGAAAGGAGAAUGCUGGAGCGCGUCAAGCACCCGUUUUUGAUAACUCUCUGGGGUACCUUCCAGGACGUGAAGAACCUCUAUAUGGUCAUGGACUUCGUGGAGGGUGGAGAGCUAUUCAGCUUACUACGGAAAUCACAUCGGUUCCCUAAUCCUGUUGCGAAGUUCUAUGCAGCCGAGGUUACACUUGCAUUGGAAUAUCUACACUCCCAAAAUAUCGUUUAUCGGGACCUUAAGCCCGAGAAUCUUCUUCUAGACAGACACGGCCACCUUAAGAUCACCGACUUUGGGUUCGCCAAGGAAGUACGGGACAUCACAUGGACACUUUGCGGGACUCCAGAUUACCUUGCGCCAGAGGUUGUUUCUUCAAAAGGGUAUAAUAAGUCUGUUGAUUGGUGGUCCUUAGGAAUUCUUAUCUUUGAAAUGCUGUGUGGCUUCACACCUUUCUGGGAUAACGGGUCUCCCAUGAAAAUAUAUGAAAAUAUUGUCCAAGGCCGAGUCAAAUACCCUGCAUUUCUCGUUCCGGAUGCACGGGACCUGCUAUCUCAACUUAUCACCGCUGAUCUUACCAAGCGCUUAGGGAACCUACGGGGUGGCUCUGAAGAUGUAAAGAAUCAUCCGUGGUUCUCUGAGGUUACUUGGGAUAGACUCGCGAGAAAAGAUAUUGAUGCCCCUUAUAUUCCUCCUGUUAAAGCCGGGCAAGGCGAUGCCAGCCAGUUCGACACAUACCCUGAAGAGACAGAGCAAUACGGCCUUCCAGGGGAAGAUGAGUAUGGACAAUCUAUUCCCUUGUAA